ACUCCACUGUGCGGUACAAAUCGGCAUCCGUUGGGAAGUUGUUCCUUCGUCAUAUUUCUCUUCUGCUUUGCUCUCUAACAUAUCUAGGGUUCCAACUUGUUUACCCUGCAAGGCCGUGAUGGAUUUCGACGAGUACGAGUAUUUGGAAAAGACAGUUGAGAAUCUGGGUUCCGCAAAGAAGGACUCGGCGAACGGACGCAGCUCGUCGAGAUCCGAAGAUAAGGAACGGAGUCGGAACUCGAACUCCAAGCACCGUGACGAAGGCCAUCACCGAUCAAAGCGGGCUAAAUCAGAGGGCGAAGGUGAUGGACAUAGGGAGAGGGAGUCGUCGAGGCACGGGGGGACUGAUCGGCAUCGGAGGGAGAGGGAGCCUAGGGAGGAAAGAAAUGAGAAGGACAGUGAGAGGGACAAAAAGAGGGUUAGUGAGAGGGAGAGCGACCGGGUUCGGGAGCGAGAACGGGAGCGGCGAAGACGCAGCAGAAGCCGUUCGGAGAGGAAUGUGGUCCUCUCUUGGAUAUAUUUUCUUUCUGAACCUGAAAGCUCGCUUUUGGAAUUCCAAACGCUGUAA